UCCCCCUUGCCGCCUCUUCACGGAGCCUCUCCUGCGAUACCGUCCGGACCUCUCUCUCUUUCCUCCUCCGCCUUCCCUCUCGGUGAUCCCUCGUGCGCCCUCGCUGCCAGGUCUCAAUCGGUCCGUAUACCCUGCGUGCUGGAUGAGUACUCGCAUCGUCGCCUCUUCAAAUGCACAGACACUCGUCUGGCUCCCCGUGCGAGGACGACGCUGAGGACUCGUUAAUCUCGCGAACUCCUAUCACACCCAUCGAGGAAUAUGGUCAUGGCCCCAAUGCUUUUGAGACGCCCGAGAAUUCGCGAUCGCAGGUAGCAAGAAGAGGGACCAGCUUCGAUCUUCGUCGAGAUAACGGUUCUUCUACACCCCGUUCCAGGAAUUCGACUAUGUGGAGGACUCUGUCGUCCUCAUCUUCAACGUUUAACACGCAACCGUUUCACGAGACAUCCGCUCCACGACCGCCCAUAAUGAUACCAUUGGCGUCCUCUUCAUCCUCUCAACGUCUCCCGAUGGGACAAUCGUCGCCAGAGGGCUCUCCGCGAUUCCGAAAUGCCCGUCUGCGCAGUCCCUGGUCGUGCUCGAUUUUGACCACCAUCAUGACCUUUUUCGCAUCGAUAUUCAUAGUGUCCAUACUUCGUUCGUUCGCGGCUCGUCAGGUGGGCGGUAAUGGUUGUGGGAUUCCCGUUAUGAGUCCGACGUUUAUUCGCAUGGUGGGAUUCGACACGGAACAUACGCGCUUCGCAAGCAAAUACAAUCUAUACCUUUAUCGGGAGGAGGGUGUCGACGCAUACAACCAGGAAGACGUUGGCUUGAACGGCGCUCCUGUUCUCUUUCUACCCGGAAACGCUGGCAGCUAUCGUCAAGUCCGUUCCCUUGCCGCGGAAGCUUCGCGACACUAUCACGAUGUUGUUCGUCACGAUCAGGAUCGCCUUAAGACAGGUACCCGGAGCCUCGAUUUCUUUAUGAUUGAUUUCAACGAGGAUAUGGCCGCGUUUCAUGGACAAACCUUACUAGACCAAGCGGAGUAUGUGAACGAGGCCGUGGCAUACAUCCUCUCCCUCUACCACGAUCCCCGACGCUCCCGCAGAGACCCCGAGCUUCCCGAUCCCAGUUCCGUGAUCCUUAUCGGCCACUCCAUGGGUGGAAUCGUCGCGCGCACAACGCUCACCAUGGCGAAUUACCAAGCCAAUUCGGUCAACACCAUCGUCACCAUGUCCGCGCCCCACGCCAAACCACCCGUGUCGUUCGAAUCGGACGUCGUCCAGACCUACAAGCAAAUCAACGAUUACUGGCGCGAAGCAUACUCGCAAACCUGGGCCAAUAACAACCCAUUGUGGCAUGUGACUCUCAUCUCGAUUGCCGGAGGUUCUCGCGAUACUGUCGUUCCUUCGGAUUACGCCAGUAUCUCGUCGCUCGUUCCUGAAACGCACGGUUUCACGGUGUUCACGUCUACAAUGCCGGAUGUUUGGAUCGGAAUGGACCACUUGUCUAUUACAUGGUGUGACCAAUUCCGCAAGGCUAUCACUAAGUCCUUGUUCGAAGUGGUGGAUGUGCGUCGCGCAAGUCAAACGAAGCCGCGCGCGGAGCGGAUGCGCAUUUUCAAGAAGUGGUAUUUGACCGGGUUGGAGCCUAUAGCUGAGAGGACUCUUCCGCAAAAAGAACCGAAUACCCUCUUGACGCUCGAAGAUAACUCGAAUACGAUCCUGCCACAAGGCGAGCGACUGAUUCUGCGCGAAUUCGGCCACCGCAAGGGCCCGGACGUCCGUCUAUUACCCAUUCCGCCUCAAGGUGUCGCAGGGAAGAAAUUUACUCUUCUGACCGACCAUCACUUUGACAAAACUGGCGACAAUGGAAACCUGGAAGUUCUGUUCUGCAGCGUGUUCCCGCUCCAGAAUGGAAAGCUCACAUCCGUGUUUUCCAUGAAUAUGGACUUCUCUGGGGGCAAUGUUGGCGCAACUCGUCUGGCUUGUAAAAACGCCGCCGAUGAUGGAAUCCACCUUCCUGCUUCAACUCACUCGUCCAAGAACCCCUACGACCGCGUGCAACCGUUCUCAUAUCUUCAAUAUGACUUAGAAGAUCUGGCGGAGCACCAGUUCGUUGCUAUUGUUGACAAGGCUAGUGCACCUGCUAAGGGCUUCCUGGUGGCCGAAUUCUCUGAUAGUUCGGAUGCUUUCAUCCGAGCUCGUGUGGGCUUGGGUGGCUUGAUCAGUGCUGGUCUGAAGAUGAGGCUUCCAGCCAACCGUCCGAUGCUCACUGAGGUGAAGGUCCCGGCAAUGUAUUCGAGUCUACUGAACUACAAACUCAAGAUAGUCCAACACGACCACGGAAAGAAACAGAAGGAACUCUUCUCUCCGCUAUUGCGCCAGUCGGUCCCGGAUCCCCACGAGUCCAAGUUCUUCGUCAACGUGGACGAGGUCAAUGUCAAUCUUCAUGGCAUGGCGCCUUUUAUGCCGCCGCCGCUUCGCGAACAGUCCCUGAUGGGUGGCGUGUCGUUUCAACUCUGGACAGACCCGAGCUACGGCUCUACGGUGGAUGUUUCACUCAAGGUGGACAUUACUAGUAGUCUGGGUGAGCUCGUGAUGCGGUAUCGUACCGUGUUUGCGGCAUUCCCACUUCUGGUCGUGGCUCUCGUUCUCCGCAAGCAAUUCAAAGUGUACGAUGAAACCGGCUCUUUCAUUACCUUCGCGGAAGGCUUGGACAGUGCCGUACGGUCAUCUCUGCCAAUUCUGCUGCUUGCCAUGUCGCUUCUGGCAUCUUCUCUGGCUACCUCGACUACGCUCUCAUCAAGCGAUGAUCCGUUUCACUGGCGCACGAAUUCCACUGAGAGCCCGAUUGAUUUCACCAAGAAUGACUUGCUUCUGGGCUCACAGGAUGCCUUCUUCUGGUUCUUGGUCCCUGUGUUUGGUCUGAUCAGUGUUGGGGUCUGCGUUAUUGUCAACUACGUGGCCCUCCUGCUUCUAUCGAUCAUCUCCUUCGUGUAUGGUCUUGUGAACAGCAAGUUUGGCUAUAUCAGACGCGAUGACAAGGGGAAUGUGUCGGUUUUCGCUGCGUCGACUCCCAGAAGACGCUUGAUCAACACUGCCAUCCUUCUGGUCCUGGUCUCUACAGUCAUUCCAUACCAGUUCGCUUAUAUGGUUGCUUGCAUUGUUCAGCUUGCCACCUGCGUGCGAGCUCAGUGGCAUGCCAGGGAAACUCGAUUCACCGCACACUUCAAUUUCUCCAACUACGCUCACUCGAUUCUCAUCCUUAUGCUGUGGAUUCUGCCAAUCAACGCACUGGUUCUUCUGGUCUGGGCUCACAACCUUGUCGUCCACUGGUUGAUGCCGUUCUCAUCACAUCAUAAUGUCCUAUCCAUCAUGCCGUUUAUCCUUCUAGUCGAGACGCUGACCAGUGGGGCCAUGAUCCCUCGUGUGACGAAUCGAUUCAAACACAUCACAUCCAUCAUCCUCUUCUCUAUCGCCAUCUAUUCGGCCGUCUACGGUGUUUCUUACGCCUACCUCCUUCAUCAUCUCGCGAACAUCUUUUCCGCAUGGCUGAUUGGUAUCUACCUCUUCAGCAGUGGCUUCUCCGUUCGACGACUAUGGCGUAUGCUGGAAGGAGAAGAACUUUCUUCCGGUAUGUCUGAGGUAGGAGGAAGCCACGUCAAGAAAAAGCCAUAACAAUUGACUUCCUUUUCAUUUAAAUCUUCAUUUCUUCCCAUCUGAUUUUACUCUAUCCUAUUUAACUGUACGCUUCUCGUGUCUAUUUUCAUCCACCGGUGCCGCGUCACCAUUGCUUAUACGGAGUUUGUUUCGGGAGCGGUGUUGAUAUCCUUCCCUGUCUGUCAUCGGUCUGUACAGGAUACGGAUCACUUUGUUUCUCUUACGAGUGGGCGUUUAGCAUUGCAACCGCUUGCUGUGCCUGUUUGUAGUUUCGCUUUCCUUU